AUGAGUAGACAUCGUUUACGUGAUAGUUCCAUUGAAAGAGUGCUAGAAGAAGUUUUGAACGAAUCAGAUUUAGAGGAAAGUGAAGUGGAUGAUGAUGUGGAAGAAAUUAGAACUGAUUCAUCGUCUGAGAAUGAAGAUGAGGUUGAAGCCAAUCUACCAGAUGAUAAUGAUACGGAAUGUGAUAAAUUCAUUGCAAAAAGUGCUCAGAUGAGCAAAGAAGUUCACUCAGCUACUAGGAUAGGUAAAGGUGAUGCAACAGCAUCAACAGCUGAUGUUGUGCAAGCACCAGCACCAACAGAUGAUUUCUUGACUGCACUUGCUGAACAAUUGGAUCUCAGAGAGAAGCAACGCGAAGAAAAAGACAAAUUAGAACGCCUUGCUCGGGAAGAGAAAGAAAGGCGAGAGCGCUUGAUUCCCGAGCAAGCUCUAAUUUCACAAGUUAAAGAUAUUUUAGCUGUAGAUCGAGCAGAGCCCAGUAAUACAACAGAGCCGGCGGCGGUCGUGAAUCCUGUUACUACCUCUGAAAAUGUUGCACUUAAUGUUAAUGACUUUCCGUCUUUAAAACCUGCAUUAACUGCUGAAAUUCCGCCCCGUGACAGCGAGAUUCCCACAAAAAAGCGUCCUCUAGAGGACACUGAGAAAAAUGUUGAUGAGAACUCUUCGUGUGAAACACCCGCUGCCAGGAGGCCGAAGCCCAGUCCUGAAGAUCUGUUGGAAGUGGAAAAAGGAGAUGGAAUGAAGGUCGAUGUGGCUCCCACUUCCGCACAAGGACUUACACCGCCACGAACAGAUAGUGACGCAGCGGGUAGUGACUUUUCACGGAAAUGUGACCCUGAGCCUGAGGUCACGGCUGAAAUAACCGCAUCAACUGCACAACCCAUACAGUGCGAACAGUACGAGGAAGUACCAAGUAAACAACCUGCUGACUCCGAAGCGCAACGCCGCGCCGAAGGAGGAAAUAAACAAGCAUCACCGCCUCGCCAGCAAGACAACACAACAGACACCACGCCGGAACCAAACAUUGACGACUCGCAAGCCACGGCCGUUGCCCCAUUCAGCCACCGCCGGCGGCUGCGACCGACACCGGGUCUUGCUGUCACGCGUCAUCAACUGAAAGCCACACCAGAGAAGAAAGACAUCAAGAAAAAGAAUAAUAAAUAUGAAGUCAUCAGGGCCAACACUGACGAGGAGAAAGAGAAUGGCCACAGUGACUUAUAG